AGCUAACUAUAAGGCGCAUAGCAGCCUGUCGACUCGGAACUCAAACACAAUUUCCAACGGGGGUGAAUAUUCGAAAAAGAAAAAAUGACCACUCUUAGACGCGGUACCCGGCGGAUGUGGGAUCUGAUGGAGAAUGGGAAGAUGAUUCGUAACUCAUCGUCAAGGUUCAUAUCGACGGAACCAAAGAGACCGGGAAUUCAGGAUGGAAAAAACGGUGAAAAAAUUUUCAAAUCCCCCUUCUUGAGCACAAAUUAUCCAACGAUGCCUGUGCACGAAUUUGUAUGGGAAAACGUGGGAAAUUGGGGAGAUAAAGUAGCCCUGAAAUGUGGGGUCACUGGACGUCGGUACACGUACGCAGGUGCCAGAGAUGCGUCGAAUUGGGUUGCAAGAAGCCUUUUAAAUAUGGGUUUUAAGAAAGGUGACGUCAUCGCUCUGGUACUACCAAACCUGCCGGAAACCGCUAUCGCUUUUCUAGGAUCAGUUGAAGCCGGACUCACCGUAACCACCGUUAAUCCCCAUUACACAGUUGACGAAAUAAGUAGGCAGUUGAUAAAUGCGGGAGCUAAAGGUGUAAUUACUAACGCUGAAAUAGCAACGGUGGUACUGAAGGCAGCCCGCGAUUCGCUACCGUCAAAAUCUCCGUUUAUUGUAAUCGACGACGCGACGUUACCUGUGCCGUCGGGAUCGAUACCUUUCAAGGAUCUCAUCGAUAAAGGCAAGUCAUUGCCGCCAGUGUCAAACCAUCCCUGGAAUAUCGACGAUGUAGUCGUUUUACCGUACUCCAGUGGUACGACAGGUCUUUCCAAAGGCGUAAUGCUGUCCCAUAGAAAUUUGGUCGCCAACAUGGAACAAGUGAAGGCUAGUACUGAGCAUGGCGUGUGGAAUGAAACUACCGAGACUUAUCAGGAAAUCGUGCCAUUGUUACUGCCUACCUUUCACAUAUACGGAAUGAACGCUGUAAUGCUGCCAAAUUUGAGACUGGGAGUACAGCUCAUCACUCUUCCGAAAUUCACACCGCAAGGGUUCGUCGACGUUUUUGAAAAAAACAAGGUUACAUGUUUCUUCCUCGUGCCUCCGCUGCUUCUGUUUCUGGCCACAGCCCCAAUGGUCACAAAAAAACACAUCGAAUCAAUUCACGCGAUGACAAGCGGCGCUGCUCCGAUUGCCGGUAGCGACGUUGAGAGGUUUUAUCAGAAGUUCGACAUUGAUCAAUCGAAACUGAAAUUCAUACAAGGGUACGGACUCACGGAAACCUCACCGGUUACGUUUCUGCAAACACUUAAGUCGAAAAAGUACGCCAGCAUCGGCAACCCGGUCUGUGACACCGAAGCUCGGCUGAUCGACCUGUCGACCAACGAGGACAUCGUCACCCCCGGAAAAACUGGGGAGCUCUGGGUCCGCGGUGACCAUGUGAUGAAGGGUUACUACAACAACGAGGAGGCAACUAAGAACACUCUCACACCCGAUGGAUGGCUGAAGACCGGGGACAUCGCCUACUUCGAUGAAGAAUUUGACUUUUACAUCACCGACAGACUGAAAGAACUCAUCAAAGUCAAAGGGUUCCAGGUGCCACCAGCGGAACUUGAAGCUCUGCUCAGAACGCACCCGGCCAUUGAGGAAGCGGCUGUUAUCGGUAUUCCCGACGAACGAAGUGGAGAAUUACCAAGAGCGUUUGUCCUGCUCAAAAAGGAUAAGACCCUUAAAGAAAAGGAGGUGCAAGACUUUGUCAAGGGAAAAGUUUCCGAUUAUAAGGAACUGAAAGGCGGUGUCAUCUUCGUUGAUAACAUACCAAAAAAUCCAUCUGGCAAAAUUUUAAGGAGAGUAUUGAAGGAGCAGAAUGUGAAAUGAAGAACGAUUCGAGCUUUGACUCU